ACGACGACGUCGUGUAUCGAUCGUGUGCAAGUGCUAGUGGAGUGACAGAGUACGAGAUACAACAAAAAUGGCUUCUUUCCGAAAUGCGGCACACCAGAAGAGUCUGUCCGUGGAGGAGCGGGCGGAGAUGCGGGAGAAGUUUGAGGAGAUCGACACCAACAAAGAUGGAUUCAUCGAGCUAAAAGAGCUGAAGGAUGCACUAGAUCAGGUGGGCUUCAAACUGCCCGGCUACCAGGUUCGCCUCAUGAUCGACGAGUACACGAACAAGCAACGAUCGCAACAUGUCGGCAAACUGUCCUACGAUGAGUUCGAAUCACUGUGCAUGGAUCUCAAGGCACAGGACGUUGCGAGCACGUUCAAGAAGGUGGUGUCCAAGAAAGAAAAUCUGGAAACCCUCGGCGGUAUGUCGGAUUCGUCCGCCGCCGGUACGACACAUUCGGUGCGCGUAGAGGAGCAGCUCGCAUUCAGUGACUGGAUCAACUCCAACCUCAUGCAAGAUCCCGACCUUAAACAUCUGCUGCCGCUCGAUUCCGAAGGCAAGCAGCUGUACGACAAGAUGAAGGAUGGUAUUUUGCUGUGCAAGAUCGUUAACCACUCCUGCCCGGAUACGAUCGACGAGCGUGCGAUCAACAAGAAGAACCUAACCGUAUACACCAAGUUCGAGAACCUAACGCUGGCGCUAGUGUCCUCGCAAGCGAUCGGAUGCAACAUUGUCAACAUCGAUGCGCACGAUCUAGCGAAAGGCAAACCGCAUCUGGUGCUCGGUCUGCUGUGGCAGAUUAUCCGUAUCGGGCUGUUCAGUCACAUUACGCUGGAUAGCUGUCCGGGACUCGCCACCCUGCUGUCGGACGGUGAGCGGCUAGAGGAUUUGAUGAAACUGUCGCCCGAAGCUAUCCUGCUGCGCUGGGUCAAUCAUCAUCUGGAACGGGCCGGUAUUGCACGGCGCUGCACCAACUUCCAGAGUGACAUCUCCGACUCGGAGGUGUACUCGUACUUGCUGAAUCAAAUCGCUCCCAAGGAUGCGGGAGUUAACUUGGAAGCGCUCAGGGAACAAAACGCCUUAAACCGUGCCGAAGUGAUGUUGCAGCAGGCAGCCAAGCUAAACUGCCGAUCUUUCGUCACACCGCAAGACGUCGUGAACGGUGUCUACAAACUCAACUUGGCCUUUGUCGCCAAUCUGUUCAAUAACCAUCCAGGAUUGGAUCAGCCGGAAGAGAUCGAAGGACUAGAAUCAAUCGAGGAAACGCGCGAAGAGAAAACUUACCGCAACUGGAUGAACUCGAUGGGUGUUAAACCGCACGUCAACUGGCUCUACUCGGACCUGGCCGAUGGAUUGAUCAUCUUCCAGCUGUUUGACAUCAUUCAGCCCGGCAGUGUGCAAUGGAAGCGUGUUCAUCAAAAAUUUACACCGCUGCGUAAAUUUAUGGAAAAGCUCGAAAACUGCAACUACGCAGUGGAGUUGGGCAAACAGCAAAAGUUCUCGCUUGUCGGUAUUGCCGGACAGGAUCUUAGCGAUGGCAAUGCAACACUAACGUUAGCACUCAUCUGGCAGUUGAUGCGUGCGUACACGCUCUCGAUUUUGUCCCGUCUGGCCAACACCGGCAAUCCUAUCAUUGAGAAGGAGAUCGUCCAGUGGGUUAACUCGAAGCUGCAAAGUGCCGGCAAGCGGACGAGCCUGAAAAGUUUCCAGGAUCCGGCCAUCGCCGACGGAAAGAUCAUUAUCGAUCUGAUCGAUACGAUCAAGCCGGGCAGCAUCAACUACGAUAAUGUGCGCGACGGUGGCAAUCCGGAGGAGAACCUUGAGAACGCCAAAUACGCCGUCUCGAUGGCACGCAAGAUCGGUGCGCGGGUGUAUGCUCUGCCGGAAGACAUUACCGAGGUAAAGGCAAAGAUGAUUAUGACCGUGUUUGCGUGUCUGAUGGCGAUGGACUACGUGCCCAACAUGGAUAGUGCGAAAGCGGCGCCACCAACGGUCGCUUCUGUCGUGCAGGCUCCACCGGCCGUUCAGCGACAGGAACAGCCGCAGCAGCAAGUGUUUGAGAAUGAGUCGGUUGCCGCCGCUGUCACUACCAACGGUACGAACGGAAAUGGUGCACUAGGUGACGAUGAGGAUCAUCAGCAAGAGCAGCAGGAAGAUGCACAAGCCGAACCGUCUGCUGGGAGUGAAACGAUAUCAUCUACCUCACCAACACCGUCGCAAACCAAUAACACUACCACCGUUGUGGAUGAAUUCGCCGAAUGA